CGCAUGCGCUGACGGCCCUUCCUUCCUUCCUUUUCUGUUCUCCAUCUUCAGCAGCUAGCAGCGACGUUGAAAAUGCAGUUGUUUGUGCAAUCUCAGAGCUUGCACACCCUUGAGGUGUCUGGAGAACAGGCCAUUGCCCACAUCAAGGCUUGCAUUGAAGCUUUGGAGGGAGUGUCUCGUGAAGACCAGGUGGUUUCACUUGGUGGGGCUCCUCUGCAGGAUGAGGAUCUGAUUGGACAAGUUGGCAUUGAGGAAUUCAGCACACUCAAUGUUGCUCUCCGACUGCUGGGAGGCAAAGUACACGGCUCUCUGGCCCGAGCUGGGAAAGUGAGAGGACAGACUCCCAAGGUGGACAAACAGGAGAAGAAGAAGAAGAAGACUGGCCGGGCAAAGAGGAGGAUACAGUACAAUCGUCGCUUUGUCAAUGUGGUUCCAACCUUUGGCAAAAAGAAGGGCCCCAAUGCCAACUCCUAAGCAGAGCUGACCCAACCCAUUCCAAACCACAGUGUACCAUUUGUGUGCUGUGCACAACACCUUUCCUGGAUGGACCUGUCCUAUGCCGCACUGCAAUUUGCUGUGGUAAAAUGCAGUAAAAUCAGCAAUGAAAGGAAAUAAAUUCUCAUGUUCCGCA